AUGGUAUCCCCAUACAAGCACGUUUUGCUCGUUGGAGCUACCUCCGGAAUCGGUAGAGCGAUGGCCGAUCGUCUGAUCCAGUCUGGGGUCAAAGUGACUGCCGUAGGACGGCGGAAACAGCGUCUUGACGAGUUCGUUGAAAAACACGGCGAGGGAAAAGCCUCUGCGAUGAAAUAUGAUGUUAGCGACAUCGACGGGGCUCCCCAAUUCGCCGCAGACGCAACCGCUCAACAUCCAGAUAUCGACUGUGUUUUUCUCAAUCCGGGAAUCCAACGGAAAUACAAGUUGACCGACCCUAAAGAUGGGGAUUUGAGUGAUUUCAGAGCAGAGAUGGACGUCAAUUUCAUCAGCUACGUUGCACUGACCCAGGCAUUCAUUCCCUUCUUGCUGUCUAGUCCGACUCCAACAAGCUUUAUAUUUACAACAUCGCUUCUAGCUUUGGUGCCUGCGCCGAGAAUCCCUGCCUAUUCGGCCGCCAAAGCUGCGUUGAACGCUUUUGUAUACUGCCUGCGAGAUCAGCUGAGGGAAUCAAAUGUUAAAGUGAUCGAAUUGGCCCCACCUCUUGUGUCGACCGAACUACACGAUUAUAUGGGCAUUGAGAAAGGACGAGGUAUGGGCAUGCCGGUUGAGGAGUAUGCCGAAGAUGCCUACCAAGCAUUGGAAAUGGGAAGUGAUGAGAUUCUUGGUGGGAGCGUUGGACCGACCGAAAUAUUUCAGGAUCUGGCCGAAAAGCGUCGCCAAAUAUUCGAUGAGUUCGCCCCGAUGCUUCGUGACUUGGAUUAA